UGGGAAUCAAUGGAGAGCCCUGCCUCGCUCAGCCCAGAGAAGAAAACCGGCUUCUGAAGAGGAAAUCAGACUGUUUUCGCUUUCCCUCAGAACCACAGAGAAAUAACUGGGAAUCAAUGGAGAGAGAGAUGGACGAGAACACCAUGAUGGAUGCCCUGACUGAGUUGAGAUGCCACUUUACAUGGGAUUUGCUGAGAGUAGACAACAUAGAUUUGACUGAUCUAGAAAACAGAAUCCAAGAUGAAAUUGAAUGUCUAGACACAAAUUUCAGGAUGAGUAUUCACAACACAUUGGCUUAUGUGAAGCUUGUAAGAGGUCAAAAUGAAGAAGCUCUUGAAAGCUUAAGAAAAGCUGAAGAAUUGAUCUGGGAGCAUUAUGGUGAUCAAGCAGAGAUAAAAAGCUUUGUGACCUGGGGAAACUAUGCUUGGAUCUAUUAUCACAUGGGUGAAUUCCCCGAAGCUCAGGCUUAUCUGGAAAAGGUAGAAGCAGGUUGUAAGAAGCUUUUAAGUCCCUUCCGCUAUAAAGUAGAACUUCCAGAAAUUGACUGUGAGAAAGGAUGGGCAUUGCUCAAGUUUGGAAAGGAGUAUUAUGAAGAAGCCAAAGUUUCUUUCGAAAAGGCCUUAGAGUCAGAGCCUGACAACCCUGAAUUUAAUACUGGAUUUGCAAUCUGCAUGUUUCGUCUGGAUUUACAAGAGCAAUAUGAUAAGAGUAUUUCUCUAGAACCACUAAAAAAAGCAGUCAGAAUCAACCCAGAAGAUGCUUACCUUAAAGUUCUUCUUGCACUGAAGCUCCAGGCCUGUAAACAAGAAGAAGAAGGAGAAAAAUACCUAAAUGAGGCUUUAAAUAGCAUGGCAUCAAAACCCUAUGUCCUUCGCUAUGCAGCCAAAUUUUACUGCAAAAAAGGGUACCCAGAUGCAGGUAUUGAUCUCCUAAAAAAUGCUCUGCGAAGAACUCCAACUUCCAAUCUUCUGCAUUCUCAGAUGGGAUUUUGUUACAAGGCAAAAGUGUAUCAAAUCAAAAGGGCUACCAAUUUCAGGCCACGAGGCAGGGAUAAACAAAAUCUUGAGAAAGCAAUUGAAUUAUCUAUAUUUCAUUUUAAAACAUCAAUAGAGUAUAGACCCACAUUUGAGUUAAGUUAUUUAGAACUGGGUGACAUGUAUGCAGAAGCAGGUGACUAUAACAAGGCAGAAGAAAGCUACCAGAGAGUUCUAAAUCUGAAAGAAAUUCAAGAUAGGACAAGGCAAGAAGUCCACUAUCGCUUUGGUCGCUUCAAUGAGUUUCAUAGGAGGUCUGAGGUUGAUGCACUCAACCAUUACUUGGAAGCUUUAAAAAUAGGCAAAGGAAAAUCAUUGAUGGGGAAAGGUCUUCCAAAUUCUCUGGAGAAAUUUGUUAAAAAGCGUCUUCGGCAAAAUGAGUCAGAUGUGGAGACUUUGAGUCUCUUGGGGUUCAUCCAUAAAAUGAAAGGAGAAACAGAAAAAGCCUUAGAGGUGUAUGAGGCAGCCCUGGGAUUGGACUUCUCCAACUCUGCUUUCUGAAAAGCCUCUCUUCCUUGAAGAUACUGCCCAAGCACCAGAUUCCAAUUGAAGUCAUUUCUAACUCCUUCAGCUGCUAACGUUUUCUUUUCUCUCCAAACACCUUCCAUUUAUGAGGUUUAUUUGUGUCUGUUCUGUUCAUAUCCAUUUGGUAUUUUUUUCAUAUUGACUUGUCUAUUAGCAUGCAAACUACUUGAGAAUAAGGAUUAUUUCAUUCAUUGGAUUUGAUAUCUAGCACAGUGUUUGGUACAUACAUAGGAGGCACAUAAUAAAUGUCUGUUAACUGACUGUUGACUGAUUGAUUAAUGGAUUAAUUGGCUGUUGGAAAUAAAGCCCUCUAUCAGCAGUGA